UGCCACCGGCGGGGAAUGCUGAGGGUGCCCCCCCGGGCCCUGCUGUGCUGCCCCCCGAGAGCCUGGAGAGCCCCCCUGAGCUCCUGCAGGCCCAUGUCGGUGUCCCCAGACGCGGCAGUGUCCCCAGACGCGGCAGUGUCCCCAGGGGGGCUGGUGGCCGCGGUGCAGGUGACCAGCACAGGGGACAAGGAGCACAACUGGCAGCAGUGCUCGGCGCUGGUUCGGCGCGCGGCGGCGCAGGGAGCCCGGGCCGUGUUCCUGCCCGAGGGCUUCGACUUCAUCGGGGACAGUCCCCAACAGAGCCUGGCGCUGGCAGAGCCACUGCACGGGGACAUCGUGGGGCGCUACCGCCGGCUGGCCAAGGAGUGUGACGUGUGGCUGUCCCUCGGGGGUUUCCACGAGCGAGGCGACGACUGGGAGAGCACGGGGCGGAUCUACAACUGUCACCUGCUGCUGGACAACUCGGGCUCGGUGGUGGCCGCGUACCGGAAGCUGCACCUGUUUGACGCGGAGCUGCCGGGGGGGAUCCGCCUGAGCGAGAGCUCCUUCACCAACCCGGGCCGGGAGCUGCUGCCGCCCAUCCCCACCCCCGUGGGCAAGGUGGGGCUGGCUGUGUGCUAUGAUCUGCGUUUCCCUGAGCUGGCCCAGGCCCUGCGUGGGGCCGGUGCUCAGCUCCUGACCUUCCCCUCGGCCUUCACUGUCCCCACUGGAGCUGCACACUGGGAGGUGCUGCUCCGCGCCCGCGCCAUCGAGUGCCAGUGUUACGUGGUGGCCGCGGCUCAGUCGGGCCGGCACAGCGCGAGCCGCGCGUCCUUCGGGCACUCGCUGGUGGCCGAUCCCUGGGGCACGGUGCUGGCGCAGUGCCAGGAGGGGCCGGGGCUGUGCCUGGCACGGGUGGACCUGGGGUACCUGGAACGGGUCCGCCGGGAGCUGCCCGUGCACGGCCACCGCCGCGGGGACAUCUACGGGGGGACAGCGGCCAUCUGAGUGCCACCGCCGCGGGGACAU